AGCGCCGCUGGGCCGGAAACGGAGUCAGCGGGAGGCGCAGGUAUGAGCCUGGCGGCUGCAUGAUCACCCCCACCCUGCCCCUCGCCGUCCCGGCCGUCGGUCGGGGGUCCACGAGGCCUGUGGCGACUCUCGGCGCUCUGCACUGGGGGAGCGGCGACACCGGGUCCAUGGCCACCGCGGCGGCUCCGUCUUCCUUGGCCCUCAAAGCCUGCAGCACGGCCGGGAUCCCCAGCUCCUACGGAGUCUUCUGCAAAGGGCUCUCCCGCACCCUGCUCGCCUUCUUCGAGCUGGCCUGGCAGCUGCGCAUGAACUUUCCGUACUUCUACGUCGCAGGCUCGGUGAUCCUCAACAUCCGCUUGCAGGUACACAUUUAGUACCGUGAUUUCGCUCCGGGCUUCCCGGCCAGGA